GAAACUCAGACAAAAAAGCCUAGGUGGAUGAAAAGAUUGUGGAAAGCUCAGGAACCCAACGUUGAAGCGCACCUUCUUCUGUCAGCAUGCCCACUGCAGACAACUUUAGUGUCCAUAACUUAAUCUAAUCAAGUGCAACUCAAUAAACAGACAUGAUGCCCAACACUCGUCUGGGAAAACGCUCGCCUUUUGGAUCGUUGGUGGGCUCCUCCUGUCCAGAACCAAACAAGACCAGCACCACUAAGGCAACGGGGGCAGGACAACAAGGCAUCAGCAGAGUCAGAGAUCACGGCGAUCUAAAGGUACCUGCUGGGAAUAAUCACAAACAGAAGAAAAUCCCUGAAAAUCCCAGAAUCCUGUUUGUUUCCUGUCAAAUGAAGAUGAGUAGAAGGAGGAGACCUCGUUUGAUUGACAGCUGCCUGAGCCAAUCACAGUGCUGUCUUCUCUCUCAGGCGUACUUUCAGUGUGGAGGAGCAGGUGACUCUCAGACAGACACUGUAGCCCAAUCUACAUCUUGCAGCAGAUCCAUUUCCUCCUGCAUCGAUGUCCCCAGAAGUCGCACCGCUCAGCAGGAGGUGGACAUGGACGAGCUGAUGGCAGCCAUGGUGCUCAGCAGCCUGUCCUGCAGUCCUCCGCCCGCGCUCCAGGUCUCCGCCCACAAACAUACUGCAGCUCCUUCGAUGGACUGUGGCGCCGUCGAGCUCUCAGACAGCAGCAGCGGCUACUGGAGCGUCAACCGAGGUCCCAGAAGCCCCGCACCUCCCUCACCAACAGCUGAAGCCAACGGCAGGUCGGCCACGCCCUCUGAUGAGGGCUUGGACCUGGACCAGGUUCUAUUUGAAGAACCAGCACCACGAAAACGCAGGAACUCGCUGAAAGUGGCGUACCAGUGUCUGUGGCCGAGCUGCAGGAAGGUGCUGACGUCCCUGAUGGGAAUUAAACGCCACAUCAGGAUGGUGCACCUGUGCCAAGGUGGUGAACAUGAGCGAUGCUCUCACAGCGAGGAGGACUUUUACUACUCCGAGAUCAACCAAUGGGACGAGCCACGCCGUCAGUCUCCUCCCUCUCCUCCUCCUCCAAGCCCCAACUGCAGCGCUCUGAGUCGCUCUGCCCCUUCCCCCUGUAGCAGCCUCUGGCAGGUCCAAUCAGAGCACUCCUACCAGGCUCCGCCCCCAAGUCACACAGUGUCACCUGCAGCUGCCACCUCAUGUCUUUUGACAGCCCCGCCCACAAGCAGACAGGAACCGGUGUCCCGGGUGCGAUCAGUCAGUGUGGGAGAGCAGUGGCUGCAGCAUCAGAGCGCCCCCUGCAGGAGGAUUCGAAGUGAGGCCAAGAAGUGUCGGAAAGUUUACGGCAUCGAGCACCGGGAGCUGUGGUGCACGCCAUGCCGCUGGAAGAAAGCCUGCCAACGCUUUCUGGACUGAGCCUUUAAUAUGAUGCUGUUCAGCAGCUGCAGCAGCCAUGUUUCGCUGACUGUCCUCCAAUGGUGGAACACCAUGAUGAUGAUAACGGUUAAAAAUGGACUCUCAGUGGGAUUUUUCCAAAUCUUUUACCCCACGUUUCCAGGCUGCCGACAGUCUGGAUCAUGUGAGAUGUGGGUCCUACACUUUGAACUGCAGCCUGAAGCUUCUCACAUUACACCAGGAGAACAAGCGGGAUCAUCUGCAUGAAGGACACCUGCCAAAUAUUUUUAUUUCAGCUUCCGUUUAUUAAAUGAUUCAGCUAAUAAAAAAAACAAAUCACAUAAUACGGAAAAGUUACGUUUUAAGCAUCAUCCUGCUUCUGAUGUGGUAUGUUGUUGAUAAAAAAUAAUUUGCUCCUCAGAGGAGGAACCUGUCUCCAUCUCCUCCAGUUUUGGUCUGGAGGUGCUUCCUGUUUGCAGCUCUGAAUCUGUUUCCUCUGCGUCAGAGACAAACUCAGGAUCAAACUGAUUUCUAUGUUUUUCUACCUGAUGUUGUAAUAAAGCAGAAAAAACAGACCGGA